AUGAGCACCCACCUGGCCAUGCCGCCCUACCUGCCUUACACUGUCCCGGUCAGGUAUGGAGACUACUACUGGCUUUCUCCAGGGAGCACGGACAGCGUGCCCGCCGGGGAGGCGCCAGUGGCGGAUCCUGUCUCCUGCCCCGCGGCGGCAAACACUCCCAACCACGCAGGGGUGUCUCCGGCCUUCUGUAGCUCAGGGACACUCAUCCAGUACACUCCCGACUCUGCCACUAGCCCCACCACAGAGUGCCAGUCUCCCCACCCGUCUUUCCAGAAUGUAAAGGGGGAGGAUGGUGUGGCUGUGGUGAAGAAGAGCAAGAGCCGCACGGCUUUCUCUCAGGAGCAGUUGCAAACCCUGCACAAGCGGUUCCAGAGCCAGAAGUACCUCAGCCCCCAGCAGAUCCGGGAAAUGGCUACUGCCCUGGGGCUCACCUACAAGCAGGUGAAAACAUGGUUUCAGAAUCAACGAAUGAAAUUUAAACGUGGCCAGAAGGAGAGACGGCGGGUGGAAAGAGUGUUCUAUUUACCAGAGAAUGCAUUUCAUCAGGCUGGGUACCUGGACAUAACACACACAUUUCACCAGGGCUUCCAGGUCAGUGCCAACAGAAGCCUUCAGGCUGUGACCAACAUGCACCAGGCUUACAGCAGUGGCCAGACUUACGGGAAUGGACAGAGCCUGUACUCGUUCAUGGCUGUGGAGAAUGAAGGGCUCUUUGGAAAAGAUGGGACAAGCUGCAAUGCCCAGCAAGCCAUGGAUUUGUUAAGCCACCAGAUGAACUUCUAUCACAGCUACCCUUCUGAUAUGGAUUGCGUCAGCCUGGAGUCAGAAGAUGCCUGUGGCUUCCAGAGCACCUCUGACAAUGUCACACCCUUCUUGAGUUCUCCUGCACAGCAUCAGUACCAGACCCCUUGGCAUACCCUGGGGACCCAAAGUGGUUAUCAAUCUUAG